UCGUAUUUCAAGAUGGCAGCUGCCAGGCGCGUCGCAGACGAUACUGUCCGGUACUAUUUAUUCCCGAAGCUCGCCGAAAACGCAAACGUGAAACUCCUGCUGGAGGACAAGCUUGAAUCUUACACAGCCAAGCUCUUUCCGCUCAUAGCGAGCUACAUCUGGCAAGAUGAGCCGUUCAACCUGGGUGUGGUCGAAGCACAAAGAGACGGCAUGCCGCCUCACUUGGAAGGCAUCACAUACUUUGGCGACAACGUCGAAGACGAGUGGUUUGUAGUCUACCUGCUUCAGCAGCUGACCAAAGAAGACCAAGACCUCGUUGUCAAAGUGGAAGAUUCAGAUGGAGAGUUUUUGCUCAUUGAGGCCGCCGAUCAUUUGCCAAAGUGGCUGAACCCAGAAACCAGUGAAAACCGAGUCUACCUCUACCGUGGCAUCCUUCACAUCAUUCCAAAAGACGGCGAUGCAAAGUCUCUCGACCAAGCCAGCGCGCCGACUGUCAUGGAGGCGGUGGCGACGCUUUGGUCGCCCGCAGCAUCCACCAGGGCCGCGCCGGCGGUGCAGAGGGCACUGUCGAAGCGAGUGGAAGACCUGCCGGAAAAGCACAGGCAGUCGCUUCACCGGGCUCACUGCUUCUUGCCGGCGACCGCCGUGGCGGUGCUUCGACGAGACCCGCAGAUCCUCGGACCCGCGGUCGGAGCGUUCGUGGCGAGGGAUCCGUUGGACUUGAAGGCACUGCGAGCAAUGAGGCACUUCCCCCCGGAGACGCGCGUGAUGGCGGAGGUGCUCUUCACCCGCUGCCUGUACGCCCAGCUGCGGCAGCAGAGGUUUGCGCCUGACCGCCGGGUCGGCUGGAACCUGCCGCCCACUCACUCCCCGGACUUUGUGGCGCACGACCUCGGCCUCAAGCUGGCGUGUGGCUUGGAGAUCCUGGCGGCUGGCGCGAAUCCGGCCGGUGAUGGAGACAAUCCGCAAGACGCAGCGGAGGCAAUCGUGGACGACGUGCGGUGGAAGCGUUUCCUCAAGAGCCUCACCGCCAAGGGCUACUUCCAGGGCGAGCUGGAGGGCUCCAAGCUGUACCGGCAGCUCCUGCAGCGGGCCAGGGAACACUUCGUGCGAACGUUUGCGGCCGGGCCUUCGGACGCCGUGGACGGCUGCGCCAGGGGUCGGCUGCCUGCUGCGGCACGCGUAGCCAAGCUCCUGCGGAGCGUCGACGUCAACGUCGAGAAGCUCAGGGAGGAAGCCCGGACGCUGAAGCCACCCGACGACGAACGGUGGAUGGAGAUUGGUCCACGGGACUUGGAUCGCCUGCUGGAGAGCUACGCCAGUCGCGGAGGUGGUGGCAACCACAAAGAGGCGUCCGACCAUGACAGGAACAGCGUCGACGAAGAAGCUCUGGGGACCAGAAUAGCAGACGGUGUCAAAAACUUUGUCCGUCACGUGUCGGACUACGAGGGGGCGGAGCUUCCGUCGGGGGCAGCGAGGCGGGGCAAGUCCGGGGCGGCGGCCAACGGAGCCAAAGUGGACUUGGACGCGGACGGAUUUGCGGAUGCGGUCAGCGCCAUCUUGGACUUCAGGCUUCCUCCGUCGGACGACGACUCGAGCUCCUCCAUGAGCAGCUACGGAGACGAAAUGGACUUCCAUGGGAGGAGAGCAGACUCGGACGACCACUUGGAAGACAGCGACGACGAGGAAGCGCCUCGACCCGGCGACCCUUCCACGCUGGACAUGCGGAGCUACAUGGACCUGAUGGACCGGGAACUGGCCGGCACCGACGUGGGGCUCAGCUUUGAGCGGGAGCCCCCAGCCAGACCCCCGAGGCGUCGCCCCGCACAGGCCAAGAAGAAAGCUCCCGUGGCCGCGCCGGAGAGUGGCGGGGAAGAGGCGGACGACGAGGAGGCGAACGAGGACGACUAUCGCCCGGUGGACGUGGACCUGACCGCCCUGAAGAACAUCCUGGAGUCGUACGGCGGCCAGGAAGGGCUGCCCGGGCCGGCGGGGAACCUCCUGUCGGCCAUGGGCAUACGGGUGCCUCGAGACGCGGACCCCUAGGCACCACCCCAUCUGGACGUCCCCACAUGUCGGCGGACGACCGUGCGUGUUCACAGUGUGUGUUCGUGAGGGCUGGAGCACGGUGUGGGAUAUAUAUAUACGGGUGUUAACUGUCCACGCAUCGCAGCUACCGGAUAAAGUCCUCACCGGAUGACUCUGCGAUGAUUGGCUGGAGGUAGCCUGUCGCGAGACCAGAUUUUCACGCUUCUCUGUGUCAGACACGCUUGGUUUUAAAGUAGCUUUCUGGGUGUGCCGUGUCAUGUACAGCUUGGCACUUACACUAUGCGUGUGGCUUAGACACAGCUUCGUCAUUCAUCGCAGUUUUGUACCUCAGCGGUGGCAAGAACAGUUUUAUGAUGAGAUUGAAGCGAAGAGAUCUCUGACACGACAUUGGAGGCAGCGUCCGUCGAGGUUGGUGCGGACGCGCCGGGCAGCGGGUGCAUGCGUGAACAUGCCACAUAAAAAAUACACUUUUUUUUUCUUCUGGUUAGCAGAGAUGCCGUCAGAGUGGGCUACUGGGCCACAUGCCAAUAAGACUUUGACUUUAUCCGGUCAAUCACGUUGCAGCAUUCACCCUGCUGCACGUCCGCUAUAUGUAUCUUGCGCCGUGAGCCGCUGUUCGGAUCGAAAGCUCUCCGGUCUCCCGGACAUUUCCGGAAGGUUUGAGUCCCCCAGAUGCACUUAGCAGACGCAAAACUCGGGUUAACUUCCAGCAUUUCUUGUCCGCUUUGUUUCGUUUUGACUUUCUUGAGUAAGAUGCACCUUCCGUCCAGUUUCAGCUCCGUCUAGAAUCGGUCCGCUAUAGGCGGGACGAGGGCAGCGGGAGUUCCGGUCGCCCCCGCCUCUAGCGCGAGCUUUUUGCCUUCAGUGGCGCUUUGGCGUCUCGUCGGCCUCUAGCGUGCGGGCGCAGCCGAAGCGCAGUCAAAGGCAACGAGCACCUGCCGAAGGCCGAGUGUCAGAACCCCGUUGUCCUCACGUUAUCGCUGGCUUUAGGGGCGACCGUUUGUAGACGUCCAUGAUCCUGUUUUCCCCCACAUCCUUUCCUGACUCUUGCUUGUGAAGCAGUCUUCUCGAGUUCCCUCUUUGCAUGAUCUGUUCCCCAACUUCAUUAGCCACGGGGCAGACGAUGUUGGUUUGUACUGCAAGAUGGGCAUUCUCCCAAAAUGUCUCGUGCCUUCUUCGAUUCCCCGUGAUGUGUGCGGAGCUAAACAAGGUUGCUCUCUGCGUUUGUUUCGGGCGUCUUUCCACGGGUCUCUGUACGAGGUGGGAGAAUAGCUGAGUCAGCACACAAUUUUACUAGUUUGCAGAUUUGAUGCCGUGUGCCCCUGGCGUUCGCCCGUCGUAAUGCUGCUUGUUUCAACAUUCGGGUUCCCAGACUACGUUGAACCCAACCACCUUCAAACCACCUUUUCAUCUGCAAGAUUUUUCAUGCGCAUUUAAUUGUAAGUUCUAAGUCAUUCAAUUUCUGAUGAUUCAUUGAAUCUUUUGGGGUGUUGUUUUUGUAGACUUCUACAGCAUGCGCCCAAAGAUGCGUUGGAUCCCUUAAACGACCCGAUAAAUUGGUUCGUUAAUUUAUUUAUUUGCUACGGAGGUUCAGGGUGUUUCUCUGCACUAUUUGGGUGUACAAGCAUUUGUAUAAAUGAACUGAUUGCAAUUAAACUUUUCACUAAGGUGUCUUUAGCUGGUGCACUUAUCACACUCAUGUUUCAAGAGUGUAAAGAUUCUUGUUUUUUUUCUAUGCGUGGGAAAAACAAAAAAAAAGUCAUGUGGUUGAUGCCUCCACUCGCAGAUGAAGCAAUAUAAAUCAAAAGCGUGAAAACUUUUUUGAGAUACAAAUACAUGAAAGGGUAACACAUUGAGGAUGGGGACGCAAACAGGACUUCUUUCAUAUGAAAGAAGUCCUGUUUCUGUCCCCGUCCUUGAUGUUUUAUCCUUUCAGGUAUUUGUAUCUAUUCACCAACACGUUUUUAAUUUUCUUUGAGAUGAACACCCGGAAGAAGAUCCAGCAGAUCUGAGCGUCUGUGGUGCCAUCUUUGAGUAGCGGUGCAGCCAGAUAGUUUUUAUCAUUUUCCUCCUGCACAUUAAACAAAAAUGUUUUUUUGGCUGAAACAUAUUUUCUGAGACCCAUUAUAAAAUUUGAGUAGGAUAAAUACACCAGCUAAAGGCACCGUAGCGAAAAGUUUCACUGCAAUCCUUCCAUCGAUUUAUUUAUACAAAAAUGUUUUUACACCCAAAUAGCGCUCAAAAACACUUUAUAGUUUAUUUAUUGUGUCAAAAUUUCGAAGAAAACUUUUUUUAGUAAAAAGUCCGGAAAUAAGAAUGUUUUUUGCCCAACCUGCAGUCUGUCUGCAAUCGUCACGCAUUUGAUUGGCGCAACAGCUGACAGACGGCGGCAGUGAUCCACGAAAGGCUAGUAACUUGGACGACUAUCUCUUUUUUAUUAUUAUUGAUUUUCUGUCUAUUUAAUGCAUUUUAUUAGUAAGAGUGACACAGUCAAUCACACGCUGACAACCAACACGAAAAAAGCAUGCGCCCUUAUUGACUUCUCGAUCUGCCAUCUUCAGUGAAUUAGAGCCUUUGCGAGGAAAAGGUUGCGACCAGUGAUCUCUAUUGUAGUAGGCUGGAUCGCGGAUCGGGAGCCAUUGCUUGACACCAGGCAAUACACGCAAGUUUAUGGGAGAAACGCACAAAAGUAGGAAUAUUAAAGCAUGUACGCUGUGCUCGGAGGCGAGUAUCUUAUGGUGUGCUGCGAUCCUUAUGUCAGGUGUUGAGAGAUUGAAUCGGUAUUUGUCGAACGUCCCGUCGCCAAAUAAAAAAAUCAAACGUACAGGAGCACCCGCGGCCGAGCUGGCAAACUUGCUCUCGUAUUGGAAUAAACAAAGGAGCUUGCCAUCAAUGAGACCGUCCUCGGGGAAGCCCAGAAGUUGAUGAAUGUCUAAAACGUUCAAUGUUGACUGCGGCUUUCCGGGGGUGAGCGAAUUCCACAAGGCAAGGCCCUCAAGUUUGUCGUCUGCUAAGCCAAACUUGUUGAAACCGCCACCGACUCCGCGGUAACUCUAGUUAACUCUCGUCUCAUUAAGCUGCACUACAUUUCUCACCCAGCGGAGUCACACUCUACCACAAAACAUUUAUUUAUAAGAACUGCGAGGGCUGUCAGUUUUAAUGUUUGUACACGUGCUAUUAGACAGGCUUCCCGAAAAGCAGUCAAAGUUUCGGUGCCGAUACAAGCUUAGAAGCGGAGGAAACGGCACUUUUUUUGUUCUUCCCAUAGGGUCCCAUGCGUUUGGUGGCGACACUUGGCCCCAGCUGCCGAGGCCGCGGUCCGCGAUCCAGCCUACUACAAUAGAGAUCAGUGGUUGUGACUUGUAAAAGGACUGCUGCCCCCACCUAUCAGUUAUUGCAUCAACUAAACGCAAGUCGUAAUGUCCAUAGAUGGAGAAAACACACUUAUAUUUUUUUUUUUUUUAUGUCUGCAAGUGUGUUCUUUGCUCUCGAUGCGUCGCCUGUGGGCACCUCUGUAUGGUAAAUCGUAGGGUGAUAUCUCAAGAAAUCAAAGUGUGCAGUCCCGUCAAAAGGCCAUUGUGUUGACGCCAUGGUUUGAAAAUGCUGCCAAAUGUCCUUCAGGGUACACAUGCCUUCAGUCUUGGUCUUUUGAUGGAAGUCAUGAAAAUUCAGCCUAGAGCAUUCAUUAAACUUACUCAUUGUAAUCGUGGACAGAUUACAAUGUGGAAGUCUGAUACUUGCCGAAAAACCAUGAGCCUAUCUAACCGCUAAGCGUACUUUAUCCUUUGUCAUACUGAGAAGAAACCAAUCGAUUGCUGUCUACAGCCUAGGACACCGCCAUUGAGUUUCAGAUGGGGCAGAGGGGCUGGACAUGGCUAAGCCCUUUGAAUUGGGGGCAACUUGCACCAUCUAGCCAGUGGGUAGGUUCUACCAAGGCUAUGGGCAGAGCGACGACACCUUUCUGCAGCAGAUGCGACAUUGCUUUUGCAACAAAUACUGCAUUGUUUGGUCAUCUUUAGUUUAUUAUCCACGGGCUUUGGCAAGUGUGUCCAGAUUUACUGUCAGACUGAGAAAAGUGACAUUCUAGUUGUGGGUAGCAAAGUCCCCACGGGCAUGACAUAGGCUCUUAAACUCCAGUGUUCUGCUCGUCAUCAAACAAUGUUGGAGGCAUUACGGUGUUGUCUGCUUGUGCUGCGAAACGGCCAACACCGUACACUCAGGAAGCAGAACCUGCUUACUGCCAUUUGCUCAUUUUAAGGCUGCUGUGUUUAGUGUGUAUGUUUAAGUUGCCAGCACUGUUCAUUUGAGAUUAGAGAAGGCAUUGUAUAUUAUAAAGUCUUCUCAUCCA